AUGAAUGAAGAUUUAGGGUCAAAGGGUUCCGACGAUGAACCUCUUGUGCCUGAUGAGAUUGAUGAGGAAUUUUUUACAAGUUUACUAGAGAAAGUACCAGAGGUCACAAAAUUCCUGCGCCAAAAAGAUGAACAAGAAAAAACUGAUAAUGUCCAGCGUUUAGUUAUUUGCUCUAAUCGCUUCAAAUCAGAUUAUCAUCAAGAGCAAAUUCGUAGUCAGGAGCUGAAGAAUGAUAUAGCAGCACUAAAUGGACGUCUCAGAGAAGCAGCCGAACUGAGCGAAUUAGACAAGGACACAAUUGCAGAGUUAAGAAAAGUUAUUGAAACUGCUUGGAAGCAAAAGGAUGCAGCACAAUCACGUGAGCAGGCAGCAAAGGACGAGGUGGUGCUUUUACGAGAGAAAGUAAUUACAAUGGAAGAAACCAUUGAACAGCUGAAUGAAACAAGAAAAACUUACCAGGGCAAACAGAGUGAUAAAACUGAAAUCGAUGAAUUGAAUACACAAAUCCACGACAUGAAUAAGCGGUUAAAUAUCCAGCGCAUGUAUACAAAUGAGGUAGAAGGUAUGACACAGACAUUGGAGGAAAAGAAUAAAGGAUUGCUUAAAUUAUUGGAUGAAUUUUCAACUGAUGCUUAUAGUAACAAAAAACUUAUAGAUCAACUGCAAACUGACUUAACUCAAACUAAAAGUGAGGUUCUGAAAUAUACAGAACUGGUCACCACCACCAAAAACCAAAGUGAUCAUUUGAUCAAAGUAAAAGUACGACAAAAUUUACAGAUCCUUUCACUGAAAACCAAUUUAGAACAUUUGAAUACACAACAUAAUGCUACCUGUAAUAAAUUGGCGAAGAUUAUAGUUGAUCUAGAAUAUAUGACACAGGAACGUGAUAAGCUCAAAAGAGAAUUGGCGCAGCGUGUGAACCUCUUGAAGGUACGUGAAGAUGAGCUCAUCAAGUUAAAGCAGGAAAAUGCGCGAAUUACAAAAUCUCAAGAAAAUGCUUCACGGAAAUAUGCGAAUAUAGAGGAAACUAAACGAUCGGCUGAAGAAAUUUCCAGCCGCUUGAAAACACAAUUAAAUACUCAAGAAAAAGAAUUGGAAGCUAUGCGCCGUGUUGUUCAUCAAUUCGAAAAAAACAAUAAUAAUCUGACCCAAGAACGUGAUCUUCUCAAACGUAAUUUGUUACUAAAACAGCAGACACUGGAAGAAACUGAAAAUUUGGUACAAGAGACAAAACACGAAAUUAAGGCCUUACAGGAGACAAUAAAUAAUAUGGAUAUGAAAUAUAAAAAACUAUCCAAGGACUUUGCGAAAGUAGAAAAGGAAAAAUCAAAGAAAAAUGAUGAAAUCCAAACUUUGAUUGACAAGAUUGACGCACUACAAAAUGAAAUUCGCCUAAAAGAAAAUUGUGAAAUAGAAUUAAAACGCACUGUGGCGGAUAUUGAAGUCAAAUGUUCUAAAUUUCAAGCCCAGCAAGAUGCACUCGUAAAUGAAAAACAAGUCAUUCAACGCACGUUAAGCUCGGCUGAAGACGAUAAAACAAAAAUGAAGGAACAACUGACUAAUUUGCAGAACAACGUCGAGACUUUAAAAUCAAAGGUAAGUUAUAGGGAUGCAGAAAUUAGCAAACUACAACUACAAAUCGAUAGAAUGGAAAAGGAGCGACGUUAUCUAAAAACCAAUAUAAGACAUUUCCAAUUAGGACAUCAACAUACCAAAUCUGAAUUGAUUAAGAGAAAGAAAGAAAACGAUCGUUACUCCAAAUCCGCACAGGAGGACAAUAUCAAAAUAGCUCGUCAAAAGAAAUACUUUGACAAUCUUAUGGAUGAGAAAAAUUCCAUAAACUCUGCACUAACUAAGCGUAAUGAGGAAUACACACAAUUAAAAGACAAAUUAGAUAAUUUGCAAAGUGUUUACGAUCAAACUGAAAAGCAAUUCUCACAGUGCCAAAGCGAUAUGCGAAUAAUGCGUUUAGAAAUCAAGAAUUUACGAACAGAACGCAAUGUACUACGAAAGGAUCGUGAGAGCGCUGUGGAUUGCAGGCAUGAGCUCCUCCAAGUACAUCGUGCACUCAACCAAGAACGCAUCAAAGCACGUGCAUUGCAGGAUGAAAUGCUGACACCAAUGAAUAUACAUCGUUGGCGAAAUUUGGGCGGCACAGAUCCAGAGAGAUUGGACCUGAUUAAACGACAGCAAACAUUACAAAAGCAAAUUCUUAAUCAAAAUAUUGCUUCUGUGGAAAAAGAACGUGCACUGCAGGAAUCUCAACAGUUAUAUGGCGCUCUAAAGGAAUUUAUGCUCAAAUUACCCAGUUACAAAAUCAAGGAUGAAUUAAAUGAGCUAAAGGCUACACUUAAUCAAAAAGUAAAUAUAAUCAAAGCAUUAAAGGCAGAACUAGACAUUAAAAACGUAGAAGACAAAGGUCAUAACAACAAAUUGGAAGAGCUUCAAUGUCAUUUAAAUAGCACUAAGAUACAAUUGAAUGAAGAGAAGAAGAAGAAACAGAAACUACUGGAAGAGCGUCAGUUACUAGUGCAAAUGCAAGCACAGUGCUUUUCUGCUCCACCAAAUACACACCGGGUUUUGGGUGGCGGAUUUAAGAUUGUUGGAGGAGGAUAUUAA